AUGGAUGCAUUCAGAGCACCUGAAAAUGAGUCGCUGCUGUCCAGUUCCUCUGGUCCUGCCAGGUGGGAUCCCUUCCGUCGUCCCUUGGACUCCGUCCAGCCCUGGCACUUCAGGCUCCUGGCAGCAGUAAUGUUGGCGGUGACCUCCCUGUCGCUUGCUGAGAACCUGGCUGUAAUCCUGGUGACUCUGAAGUUCAAGCAAUUGAGACAACCUGUCAAUUACGUUAUAGUCAAUUUGUCUGUGGCCGAUUUCCUCGUCUCACUGACUGGUGGCACCAUCAGCUUUUUAACCAAUCUGAAAGGUUAUUUCUAUAUGGGAUACUGGGCUUGUGUACUGGAAGGAUUUGCUGUCACAUUUUUUGGCAUUGUUGCUCUCUGGUCUCUUGCUCUGUUGGCUUUUGAGCGGUAUGUUGUGAUCUGCCGCCCAUUGGGAAAUAUGCGCUUGAGGGGGAAGCAUGCAGGCCUAGGUAUUGCCUUUGUGUGGACAUUUUCCUUCAUUUGGACCAUUCCACCGACAAUGGGUUGGAGCAGUUACACCACCAGUAAGAUUGGAACUACUUGUGAGCCCAACUGGUACUCAGGAGCUUAUAUCGACCAUACGUACAUUAUUGCAUUCUUCACUACCUGCUUUAUAGUGCCUUUAUUGGUGAUUUUGGUAUCCUAUGGAAAACUGAUGCAGAAGCUAAGGAAGGUGUCAGAUACACAAGGCAGGCUGGGAACUACCAGGAAACCUGAAAGACAAGUGACUAGAAUGGUUGUCGUUAUGAUCAUUGCCUUUCUAAUCUGCUGGACGCCAUACGCCACCUUUUCUAUCCUAGUCACUGCAUACCCCUCCAUUGAUCUGGAUCCUCGUCUGGCAGCAAUUCCAGCUUUCUUUUCUAAAACAGCUACUGUUUAUAAUCCAAUUAUUUAUGUCUUUAUGAACAAACAGUUCAGGAAGUGUCUGAUUCAGAUGUUCAGCUGCAGUGCCAUAGAAACCACAGAGUCCAACAUCAACCCAACUUCAGAGAGAGCAAUGCUAACCCAGGACAAAAGAGGCAGUGAGAUGUCCACUAUGGCAGUACGUAGCACCGUUUCUAAGAGGAAAACCGGAGAUGAACAUAGAAAUUGCCGAUCUCUUGCUCAGUUGGCAGCUUCAGAAAACAAAAUCUGUCCCAUGUAG